AGUGAUAUUGGUAUAAACGAUCAUCAUCAAGAAACAAUCAUAAAUUACUUGAGGUUUGCCCGAUACAAUCGUGGACAGUGUUUACGUUCUGUGGAUGCAUGCUUCGAAGAAUAUAAAGACAGUCAGUAAGUCGAUUUGUGCAUUUUUAAGUAUAUAAAGAAGCAAAGUCUGGGGUUUCCAAUACAAUUUUGAGCAUACAGGAGGCUUUUUGAAAGAUGUAUAGGCGAUUCUCCAAGGUACCGCCCACUUGUUUACGUAAAAAUAUACAAUUCACUUCACAAGCUCUAGACAAGUUGUGUCCACAGUGGACAAUUUGCUGUAAAUGUUAAGUUACGUAUACAGUAAAACAACAAUUGUCUCAAAUAACAUUUUUUAUGCACAUUACUAGUACAGGUAAUAAUAGUAAUAAUAAUAUAUAUAUAUAUAUAUAUAUAUAUAUAUAUAUAUAUAUAUAUAUAUAUAUAUAUAUAUAUAUAUAUAUAUAUAUAUAUAUAUAUAUAUAUAUAUAUAUAUAUAUAUAUAAUUCAGUUUCUUUGAACGUACACAUGUAUGUAGUGAAGAGUGCUCAAUAUUACAAAAUAGAGCGAUUUAUUAAUACUUAAAAUGUUUUUGUUGCUACUCCGAGUUUCAUGCCGUAAAGGCAAUCAUCAGACAACAGUUUUUGCUUCUGAAUAUAUAUAUAUAUAUAUAUAUAUAUAUAUACAUAUAUAUAUAUAUAGGUAUGGUAAUGGUUUCGAGUGCAAUUUGGAUCGAAAACGUGCACAAGUAAGGUUUUGUUAAAGAGCAUCAAAAUAGUAGGAUAUUUUCCGAUUUUCACGAGAAACAAAUAGACAACUUGCAUGCAUGUUAGAAUCAUUUUAUCUAGGGAAAAAAGUAAUUUCCCGUAAAGUUAAGAACUUAUUAAAGUUAGUAAAUUUGCCAAAUUUGGUUACGAAAUGUUGUAAAAUACGGAAAAUAUGGCCUUGCGAAGUUUGCCUAUUUUGCACAUGUUUGCAUUACGUGCGGAAAUUGUUACCAUUUUUAAGCCGAAAAUGGUAGCAAUUUCCGCACCUAAUACAAACAUAUACAAAAUUUGAAAACUUCGCAAGUAAUUUCAUUAUGUUCUUUUCAUUAUUGUUCUGUUGUGUUUGAUUCCCUUCUCUUUACUCAGAUCUAAAUUUAGUCUGACAUGCACGUUGUCCAUUGCAUGCCUAUAUACUAAAUUCGAUGUCAUGCAGGAGUAUUUUUAUUUCAUAAUCUCAGAAAAUAUACGUUGUCUAGUCCGUUAUCAAGUCUAAAAUAACCAAAGCUGAGAUUAAUAAAACUACUGAUUCUCUAAAUUUAUAGUGUGGUAGAAGAUACUUAUACUUUAGAAGAAGUACUGGAAAUGCUUGAAAGCUUGCAGUCUGUUGUUAGAGGAGAAGUGGAGUCGGAGCUUAUAAAUACUGCACACACGAACGUCUUAUUAUUAAGACAGGUAUUUUCUCAAGCUGAGAAAUGGUACCUGAAUCUACAAGCUGAUAUAUCUGAAUUGGAAAACAGGUACGAUUGCUCCUGAAAAUCUACUAAACUUGACAUAGUUAUUUUUGAUAGAAGGAUUCGUAGUGAAAUUUUACUACCAAAAACGUACAUCAUAAACCCCAACCGAACGCAUAAUACAAUUAACCUGUCAAAAUUUUUCUAUACAUGCACUAUACUGGAAGAAAUAUAGAGUAGUGUAGUGAGUCCUUUUAAACUGUUAAACUGAAUAUAAAAUUUUUUGUGGUCGUUAAAAUGUAUGAUGCUUAUAAAGGGAACUUAUAGAAGAAAUUGCGAAGUUUGAAGAGAGAGAAUUCUCAGCAAAGAAGUCAGUUUCCCAGGUAUAAUAUACGUGUACAAUGUGCUAUAUACAUAUAAGUUGCUCGCGCAUACGUGUGUUGCGAUUGUAGUCAAAUAUAUAGGGUUAUAAUAAGUUCCAAGGAUUUAUAAAUCUCUGUAAUUAAAUACUAGAACACUAGUUUUGGCUGAUUCUAAAGCCGUAUACGAUAAUCAUUGUACAGUGUUUGUUCUAGUAUAGAACAAGAAAUUCAGGUUUGUUCUAUGAUCUAGCGCACCGUAUUGCUGAUAGUUCUGCCUUCGUGAUACAAACAGAAAUGAGGAAUAUGUCUUUUUUAUCUGUGAAAAUCAACCACUGCAUGUAAACAAUCUUUAACUGUCUGUGCCAGUGUAGGUAUGGUGCCAAUAAUAUCCUUUACACUUUUUUGCCUCCGAAUUUCAUCCAAAUUUGCUCAGUUUAUAACCAAUCGAAUUAUGGUUUUCCCGCCCUUUAAUUAUUGUAACAUCUUUGUUACACACCUUAUACUCAGUUAUACUGUACCAUUCAAAAGGCACUGACUAUACGAAUGCCCAACGCUUACAUAUGUCAAAAUCGGCUUUGGGAAUGGCAGGUAGUACAUCGUAGGUCGAAUCCUGCAUGUAUAUGAUAUAACUAUGGAAGUUACAAGAAAAAAAUUUAAAAAUUGUAAACGCAAAUGAGUCUUUUCUGUUGUUUUGAUAUAUAUUCAUUCUUUUUAGACGUCGGCUUCUUCCAAGUUAGCACAAAAAACAAAGCUUGUACCCCUCAGCGAUGGUAGUGGGUCUGCACUACUGCAAAUGGUAAGCAUAUUCUAAAUAGGGAACGAAUGAGUCUUAGUCUACGUGUAUAGUACUUUUGUACCUAAACGUACAAUCUGUGUGAAACGUACUGCAUAAAACUUGAUGAUAUUCAACUUCAGCAAGGUGCAGAAUACAUAGUUGAUUAGUUGUUGCGCAAACGUAGCGUUUUAUUACUUCCAUCCAUUGAAAUAAAAAUUGUAAGUUGUAUACUUUCCAAAUCUUAUCGUCGCCAUGCAUGCAGUGCUGCAUGGAAAAUGUCCGUCAGCGCCAGCAGCUUGCCUGCUCCCAGGAAUUUUUUGCGAAAUAAAUAUCAUCCCUGGAAAUUUUCUUCCAUCUCACAGAAAAUGUUCGUCCUCUCUAUUAUAGUGUAUAAUAUUAUAUUAAUACUGGAAUUCCAUAUACUGUAAUUUACUACUUACGCACCACAAGUAUUUCUAGCCCUUAAAUUUGCUGCUGAUGCAUGGUGACUUACAUGCAGUAUAUUAGUAUCGUGGGGCAUAUACUUGGAAAAGAUACACAAGACAGACAAGCAUUUCAUAGACGUAUAAAUAAACACUAUAUGUAUUCGUGAUAUAACGUAUAAUUUGUUCAAUCACAACAACAGAUGCUUCGAAGUCGCCAUGCCUGCAAUGUUGACAUUAUUGACACUAGCACACACGUGACUAGAAAGUUAGUUAAGUAUUUUAGAAGCACGAGGCUAGGGAACCGGGAAGUAAUUGGAUACGUACUAUGCUGUUUGUACAAGUUGUUUGAUAUCUAUUGUUAUACUUAAAAGUGCUUGACAUUGAUACAAAACCACGAACAUUACAUUGGCGACGAGGUAAACAAACAAACAAAAAAAAAAAACAGCUAUCGUUUAUCAAUACAAACGAUUUUGAAAUCUCUAGUUUACGAAUACAGUCAUGGCGACUGGCCGAAUCAAUGUAGCUCCAAUGGCGCCAUUUGAUCCCAUGUCCGAUCCAAACUCUCUCAGUCAGCGCUGGAAAAAGUGGAAACGACGAUUUGAAACAUAUCUUGUUACUCUGAAUGUGACUGAAAAGAAACAAAAGCGGGCUCUCUUGUUGUACCAAGCUGGCCAAGAGACUCAGGAUAUUUUUGAUACCCUUGUUGAUAUCGGCGAAGACGACGACUAUGAUUCCGCUAUCGCUGCCCUCGAUACGUAUUUUUCACCUAAAAAACAUGUCGAUUUUGAAAUUUUUAAGUUUCGUGAAGCCAAACAACAACCACAUGAAACAAUCGAUCAGUUUUCAACUCGUCUUAGGAAGCUGGCGGCAACCUGUGACUUCGAAAAUAUCGACAAAGAAGUAAAAUCGGCCAUAAUUCAAAACUGUUUAUCGAAACGUCUACGACGCUACGCCCUGCUUGACUCGGAAGUUACGCUAGCCAAGAUUCUCGCAAAAGGCAGAGCUUUUGAACUCAGUGAAUCGCAGGCAACCGGCAUUGAAAACGCACUUGACUCAACACAUAUUUCUGACGAAGUAGUUGAAGCUGUCCAUCCUACAACGAACCAUAACAACCAUCGUGAUAAACAACAUACAUCGUUUCACCGCCAAGACUUUUACACCUCAUCAGAGUGUCGGAAUUGUGGGGGGCCCUGGCCCCAUAACAACAAUAUUUGUCCCGCGAAGGGAAAAUCUUGUCUGAACUGUGGAAAAUCAAACCAUUUUGCGAAAGUCUGUCGUAGUGCUCGCAAGGCUCGCGUCGGUCAACAAGAGAAUCGAAGGCCUUCAAAAAAAUACCACAAAAACAAAGUUCACAAGAUUUAUGGCAAACCCUCCAGCAGUGAAAGCAGUAGCGAGGAUGAAUUUAUUUUUACUCUGAAACCGACAGGUAGAGACAAAACAACUCCACAGGUUCAAAUCUCGGUCAACACCUCCCCUAUCAACAUGGUUAUCGACACUGGUGCUUCCAUCGACAUCAUCGAUGAACUUGCUUUCAACACCUUGCAAAAACAGAGACCCAUAGCCCUUCAACGUUCCAAAACACGUAUUUUUGCAUAUGGGGCUACAAACCAGCUACCUGUUAUGGGACAAUUUCGUGCAACUCUAGAAUGUUUGACUGGUGCAACAACCACGCAAGUUCAUGUUAUCAAAGGAAAUUUUGGUUGUUUGCUAAGCUAUCAAACGGCAUCUGCUUUGGGUCUAAUCAUGCUGAAUGUUAACAAUGUGAAACCGGAACAUGCCACCCAUGAACAACUGAUGAAAGAGUAUGCCCAUCUGUUCAACGGAAUUGGCACUCUUAAAAAUUUUUAAGUUAAAUUGCACAUUGAUGAUACUGUCCCUCCAGUAGCACAAACCCCCCGUCGUAUUCCUUUCCACAUGCGGCAAAAGGUCUCAGAUGCGCUCGACACGUUAGAAAGUGAUGGAAUUAUUGAAAAAGUAUCAGAUGCCACUCCUUGGGUCAGUCCAUUAGUUGUUAUCCCAAAAAAAGAUG